AUGACGGUCCUUCAUGCCUGCGAAAUCGCCGGCGUCGAUAUCCCUCGAUUUUGCUACCACAGUUGCCUCUCCAUUGUCGGAAAUUGCCGCAUGUGCCUCGUCGAGGUUGAGAAAACACCCAAACCCGUCGCCUCUUGUGCCAUGCCCGCUCUUCCCGGGCAAGAUGACCAGAUUCCUGGGCGCGAUUCCGUCGAAAGUGGAAAUUUGAACCAACUAAGGCAAGACUAUAAUGAUAACCCGUCUUUUUUGGCUACACCUUCCAGUUCAGGCAAGACGCUUCUCCACUAUGCUGUCAUGGCAGGACAAGUGGAAAUCGUAAAGUUCUUAGUGCCAUUAAUGCCACCUAGCACACUUGAAAUGAAAGAGGAUAAGAACAACUACACAGCUCUAGCUCUUGCAGCUAUUACAUCAGGAAACACCAAAAUCGCAGAGUACAUUGUCAAGGGAAGAUCUAGAGACUUGGUUGGCAUUGAGGAUAAGAAUGGCUUUAUUCCAGUUGUACUGGCUUCUGCCAAAGGCCAUAAGCACAUGACUCGCUAUCUUUUCAAAAAUACUUUAAUACCGGAUUUAAAAAAAAAUAAUGGCUAUAAUGGAGUUUACCUCCUCUGCAACUAUAUCGCUUGGAAAUUGCUCAACCGGUACGAUGAUUUGCCUACUGAUUUGGAAGUUGAUGGGUCACCCCGCCCCUUGACUGCUUUGGCUAGAGUUCCUUCAGCAUUCCCAAGUGGACGACCAGUUAAGUUCUGGGACUGUUUAGGUUAG